UCAAACACAGAAAUUAUCCUUGCUAUAGCAAUGAGUCUAACAGUGGAAAAGAUUGGACCAAUUGUGGAAAGGAAGAAGUUGGUGAAGGGGAGGGUGGUAUUGAUCCGGAAAAAUGUUGUUCAAACCAUGAGCACUGUCGAGGGUCUCUUUGCCACUGGCAAAACCAUCAUUGACUCAUCACCCCAACUUGAUAUCACUAAAUCUCUGUCUUUCAAGUUGAUCAGUCGUACCAACUCACAUAAUAUUUUAGUUUUGGCUGGGAAAGUUGGAAAGGAAACCUAUCUGGAAAACAAUGUUUCUGUGUUACGAACAUGGGGAGAGAGACCGGAGGAAUUUGAUAUUUAUUUUGAAUGGGAUGAUAAAGAGAUGGGAAUUCCUGGAGCGUUUUACGUAAAAAACCUAAUGGAUCACGAGUUUUUACUUGUUAGUGUGACUCUUGAAUAUCCAACUCAAAGAAACGAGCACGACCAUAACCACGACCAGAACUAUAUUCACUUUGACUGUAAUUCCUGGGUUCACAACCAUAAGCAUUACAAAACGGAUCGCAUAUUCUUUGCCAACAUUCCAUAUCUUCCUGGUAAGACACCGGUGCAAUUACAAGCGUACAGAGAAGAAGAGUUGAAGAAUUUAAGGGGAGAUGGAAAAGGAAAGCGUGAGAAAUGGGAUAGGAUUUAUGAUUAUGAUGUCUAUAAUGAUCUGGGCUUUCUUGAAAGCAAUGGACCACAAGAUCACCCAGUUCUUGGAGGUCUCAAAUAUCCCUACCCUCGUAGGCUCAGGACUGGGAGAAACCUCAUCCACAAUAACAAAAAUGGUGAAGAAUACGAGGUACCAGACGAGGUUAAUUAUGUGCCGAGAGAUGAAGAUUUCAGUCAGGAGAAGACUAUAGAAUUCCUUCAAUUAGGAACGAAAACUUUAGCUGGAAGAAUCGAACCUUUGCUCCUUUCUUUAUAUUUAAAGAACACAUCAAAUGAAUUCAAUGGCUUCGAGGAAGUGGAUAAAAUGUAUCAAGGUGGAGUUGAUCUGCCUCUGUCUAUCACUGCCAACGGUACGCCGAGUGUUAUCACUGGCAACGGUAUUCCGACUGUCAUUGACUUCCCACCACCCGAUGUAAUCAAAGAAAGCAAGUUUGCAUGGAUGACUGAUGAAGAGUUUGCAAGAGAGAUGAUUGCCGGUGUAAACCCUGCUGUAAUUCGCCUUCUUAAAAAGGAGGAGCUCGCACUGCCAUGGAAGCCAUUAUGCAACUGUACUAUUCAACGCAGUACAGUAACAAAAGAAAAUCUGGAGAUUAACAUGAAUGGGGUCAAAGUAGAUGAGGCAUUUGCUGAUAGGAGAUUGUUCGUAUUGGAUUACUAUGAGGCAUUCAUGGCGUAUUUGACGAAGAUAAAUGACCUUCCUUCUGCAAAGGCUUAUGCCACCAGGACAUUCUUGUUCUUGAAAGAUGAUGGGACAUUAAAACCACUUGCUAUUGAAUUAAGCAAGCCACGUCUGUGUCCAUGUGGUUUUUCGAAUACCGAGAGCAUUGUGGUGCUGCCUGCAGACAAAGGUGUUGAAAGUACAAUCUGGCAACUGGCCAAAGCUCAUGUUACUGUAAAUGACACCAACUAUCAUCAACUCAUAAGCCACUGGUUACAUACUCACGCAGUGAUUGAGCCAUUUGCCAUCUCAACCAACAGGAAUCUCAGUGUACUUCACCCCAUUCACAAACUCCUUCAUCCUCACUUCCGUGACACCAUAAAUAUCAAUGCACUUGCCAGGAAAGCCCUAAUUAAUGCUGGUAGCAUUAUAGAGCAAACUUUUUUGCCUGGAAAGUAUUCAAUGGAGAUGUCUUCUGCUGUAUACAAGAAUUGGGUUUUCGCUGACCAAGCUUUACCAAAGGAUCUCAUCAAAAGAGGGUUGGCGGUUCAGGAUAUCACUGCCCCUCAUGGCCUUAGCCUUGCGAUAGAGGACUAUCCUUAUGCUGUUGAUGGACUAGAAAUAUGGAAUGCUACUAAGAAGUGGGUACAGGAGUAUGUGUCUCUGUACUAUUCAGAAGAGGGGGCAGUGAAAGGAGAUACUGAAUUGCAAGCAUGGUGGAAGGAAGCUGUGGAGAAGGGUCAUGGUGACUUAAAAGCACAAUGGCCUAAAAUGCAUACUUCUCAAGAUCUGGUAGAGACUUGCACUACCAUUAUAUGGAUUGCUUCAGCUCUUCACGCCGCUGUUAAUUUUGGACAGUAUCCUUAUGGAGGUUAUAUCAUGAACCGUCCUACACAAAGCCGAAGAUGGAUCCCAAAACCAGGAACUCAGGAGUAUGAUGAGAUGACCAAGAAUCCUCAAGAAGCUUUUCUGAAAACAAUUACUCCAAAGUACCAGACUGUUAUGGAUCUUACGGUGAUGGAGCUACUAUCAACGCAUGCUUCGGACGAGGUAUAUCUUGGACAAAGGAGCAGUCUGAAUUGGACUGCUGAUCAACAUGCAAAAGAAAUUUUUCAAGAAUUUACAGAAAACCUAGCAAAAAUUGAGAAAGAAAUCUCGGACAGGAACAACAACCAACAACUCAGAAACCGAACCGGACCAAUCAAAUUGCCUUACACUGUGCUUCUUCCUACCAGUGAACCGGGGAUGACUUUUAGGGGAAUCCCUAACAGUGUCUCUAUCUAAACGCAUGGUGGUUUCCUUUUGUGUUGUGCUUUUACCUUUCAAUAACAGAUGCAUGUACAUGUUACAUGCAUGCCUCUCUCUGUGUGUGCUUUUACAUUUCAAUAACAGAUGCAUGCCAUGCAUGCGUCUUGUUGGUGUGCUUUGUUCGAGUCGCGUUUCUUUUCUUGCAGCUUUUGUACCCUAAUAAACAGGCUCAUUAGCAGAUUUCCUUUUAUCACUGGAAAUCUAGUUAUUUGGCCUUUGAGUUGUAUUAUUCAAAGAGUUAUUAUCAAGAAUAUCGUAUUUUUCUUUUUUUA